GCGUGUGCACACCUUGUGAGCUGCUUCUGAUGGUGGCCACUUCUGCUUCUCCUCUGGGCUGGGACCUGCUUUGAGGAAGUCACCGUCCUGCCGGCAGCGAUCAGUCUGGGAGGGGGCGGCAGUCGUCUAUAUGGUUGUGCUGGACGCUGCAGCGGCGGACAUGGCGGCUCCUCUGCGCUGGUUCCUCCUGGGUCUGGUCCUGUCCUCGACCAGCGCCUCUUUCCUGGACACCGAGCAGCCAGUCAUCUUCCAGAACCGUGACCGCAGCUUUGGACACCAGGUCGUACAGAUGGAAGAAAGGGUGAUCGUCAGCGCCCCCCGCUAUGCAGAGGUGACAAAUAAAACCGGCCAGAUAUACAGCUGCAGUCCCCGCACCUCCAGCUGCACGCCGAUCGCCGUCACCGAGUCUGAUGAUGAUAUCAACAUUUCACUUGGAUUCUCACUGGUGGCUUCAGAAGAUCAUGGUCAGUUACUGGCGUGUGGACCAACCUUACAGAGACUAUGUGGACAGAACAUCUAUGUCAAUGGACGCUGCUACCAGCUAGACGGGGACCUGAACGUACGGGGAAAUCUAUCCGAACCUCCCCCAGAGUGCGGACUGAUUGUUUUCGUCAUUGAUGGUUCUGGAAGUGUCGGAGAAAACAACUUUAAAAUAUUGAUAGAAUUUGUCAAACAAAUGAUUUCAUCCUUCAGCAAGACAGAAACAAAG